CUCUAAAGAUGGCAGCACUGAGAAAGUGCUCAAUGUUGUAGACUACACCACGGAGGAUUCUUUCAAUGCUCGGGGUAUUGACAUCCCUGUGAUCGAUAGAAUUAGAGAGAGACCUCAAUAUACAAGACGUAUGAGUUACCAUGGUAAACAGAACUCAAAACGUGUGAAUUAUCACCACCAUAGAAGUAAAUCUGAGGAAAGAACAAUAGCAGAAGCCUCUCCUUCUGACUUUGAUGCUGUUAUUGCCCAGGCAAGGCUUACAGAAGAGUCCAAUCUUGGAAUCCAGACAGGUUCCCCAGUACAUUUGCCAAAAAAGACAUCUGAUGAGCAAAUCAAUAAAAAUAACCGCAACCCCAGAAAGAUAACCAGCCUCCCCGACCAGACUUACAGUAGUAGUGCUCCAUUAGAUUCUGAUGGCUUUAAGACAUACAUGGACGACAACCAGAUCAUUGAGCUGGCUCGCAUGGACCUCAUGAAGAUAUUAGGCCUUGAUGAUGAAGAGUUAUUGGAGGGCAAGCUUACGUUGAAGUAUCUCCGCUCUGGAAGGGCACUCACCAAGCAGGGAGACCAAGAUGCUAGCCUUGUGUUUGUUGUUACAGGCACCCUUCAAGUCCUACAACAGGUGGUUGGCAAUGAAAAUGAAGAGAGGACACUGUUCAUAGCUCACCCUGGAGAGAUGGUUGGAUCUUUGGCUGUACUAACAGGAGAACCCUCCUUCUUCACUACAAGGGCUAGAACUGAUGUAAGGAUCAUCCUGAUAUCUAAGAAUGACUUUUAUGGUAUAAUGCAGGAGAGGCCAAGGAUUGUCCUGAAUGUUGCAGAGACAGUGUUAAGAAGAAUGUCUCCAUUUGUGCGUCAAAUAGAUUUUGCACUGGAUUGGACCCAGAUGGAGGCUGGGAGAGCCCUCUAUAGGCAAGGGGACCAUUCAGAUUCCAUUUACAUUGUGCUGAAUGGAAGAUUGAGAUCUGUGGUGUCCCUUCUCAGUGGGAAGAAAGAACUCAUAGGGGAAUAUGGUAGAGGAGAACUUGUAGGUCUGGUAGAGAUAUUAACCCAGACUGAUAGAUCUACUACAGUAAUGGCAGUCAGAGACACAGAGCUUGCCAUGUUGCCAGGAGAAUUGCUCAAUCUCAUCAAGCGUAAAUAUCCACAAAUUGUUACACGUCUCAUCCACUUAUUGGGACAAAGGAUUUUGGGAAGCCUUCAGGACAGAAAUGUAUCAUCGGCUUUAUCAGAACAUCCAAAUGUUGAUCUGCGACCUGCAGUGGCUAAUCUUGCCACAGUGGCAAUACUAGGAGCCUCUGAUGACGUUCCAACAUCCAACUUCACGCUAGAGUUACAGUAUGCUCUCAAUACUAUAGGCCCUACCCUAAGACUCACUAGUGAGAUUAUACAAAACAGACUGGGAGUUAAUGCUCUUGACACUGUCAAUGAGUAUAGACUGCUUAGCUGGCUUGGUCAACAGGAGGAUAUACAUAGGAUAGUCCUGUACCAGUGUGACCAGAGAAUGACAGCAUGGACCCAACGAUGCAUCAGACAGGCUGAUUGUAUACUCAUAGUUGGACGUAGUGGGAAUGAGCCAAAAGAAAGUCCACUGGAAAAACAAGUAGAGAAUAUGGCAGUUAGGGCUCAGAAGGAACUUGUUCUACUCCACAAAGAUGAGUCAGUUAAACCAACACGUACGGUGGAAUGGUUGAAUGCUAGAGGCUAUUGCAACUCACAUCAUCACAUCAAAUGCCCUAAAAGAGUAUUUAGUAAAAAGUCCCAAGCCAAAAUGAUGGAAAUUUAUGAAAAACUGUAUGAAACACCUCCAGACUGCCAUUCAGAUUUUUCCCGUCUUGCGAGAUUUCUUACUGGCACCUCAGUGGGUCUCGUACUAGGAGGGGGCGGAGCUAGAGGCUGUGCUCAUGUAGGACUUAUACGUGCAAUGACUGAGCUUGGGAUACCCAUAGAUAUGGUAGGAGGGACAAGUAUAGGAUCAUUUAUGGGGGGAUUAUGGUGUGCAGAACGCAACAUUACAACAUUCACACAAAAGGCCAGGGAAUGGUCAAUGGAGUUUGGUAAGAUCUAUAAGAAAGUUUUGGACCUGACCUACCCCAUCACAUCUAUGUUCUCAGGUGCAUCAUUGAACCACGCUGUAGAGGAUGUGUUCAAACACACCCAGAUAGAAGAUCUCUGGCUCCCAUACUUCUGUGUUACAACAGACAUCUCAUCCUCCAAGGAGAGGAUCCAUACAAGCGGUUGUCUUUGGAGGUAUUGCAGAGCCAGCAUGUCCCUAGCGGGUUAUCUACCACCUCUUUGUGAUCCAACUGAUGGUCAUCUCUUACUAGAUGGCGGCUACGUUAAUAAUUUACCAGCUGAUGUUAUGCGAGCCAGAGGGGCACAGACAAUAUUUGCCAUUGAUGUAGGGGCACAGGAUGAAGCCAAUCUUACUAACUAUGGCGAUGUGUUGUCUGGUUGGUGGUUGCUAUGGAAACGAUGGAAUCCAUGGGCAUCUGCUGUCAAGGUCCCCAGUAUGGAUGAAGUCCAGAGCAGGCUGGCUUAUGUCUCCUGUGCCAAACAGAUGGAAGCUGUGAUGAACUCAGGCUAUUGUGAAUACAUCAGGCCUCCAAUAGACAAAUACAAGACAUUACAAUUUGGUGCUUUUGAUGAAAUAAAUGAAGUGGGCUACAACCAUGGGAAGACCCUGUUUGGAGCACUUAAAGAUACUAGCCUCAUCAAAGAUAUGUUCAAAGAAAAGUCAAGGGACAAAAUCAAACCAAAGUGCCAUCAGACGCAGGUUCCAGCCAAUGCAGCAUUUACAGAUCUAGCAGCCAUGGUCUCACAGAUAGAAGAGCCACAGAGUGCCAAAUUUUUCAUCUCUGAUAUAGAUGAAGAUGAUGAAUAUGAAGAUGAAGAGGAUGAGGUUUCCAUAGCAACAACAAUUAUAUCAUCCAGAACUCCAAAACACAAGAUUGUAUCACAGUUAUCCAAUGCUUCCAGUAAAGCAGAGAGUGGAGUACACAAGAGGGCAAGGAUAGGUUCUGGGAGUGGAUUCAAGGUUGAAAAAAGACGAACUGAAAAAACUGAAGAUUCUCACAAAACCAAGGAAGCUUAGAAGGUUCCUCACUAGUGCCAGGGGGACCAAAAAUUAUAUAGCUGAACACUUACAUUAGGAGCACCCUGUUAAAUACAUGGACCAUAUCAUAUAAUAUAGAUAUGUAUAUAUACACUCCCCUCCAAAGGUUU